GUUCCUGAGCGGAACCCUGACACUUAUUAAACACGUGUCCCUACUAACGGCGCUUUUAUACCGUUGGCUGUUUGCCACGCAUAGCCUAAAGGAUGGGUUCUCACCUGUGAUAUUAGCAUAACAACAAUAGUUGAAGUAAUCAAUUAGUAUACACAAUAUGUCACAAAAUAUGUCACAAAACCCGGCCCAGGUCGAAGUAUCCGCCCAACGCGUUCGGAACACCAUCUCGAGCCUUGUCGAUCGUGAAAAGGCGCUGUUGGCAAACCUUGAUGUAGUGAAAAACUCAAUAGCUACGUCGGCGGAUUACCUUGCAGUUUUGGGGGACAGCGAGAAGGUAGCAACCUACAAAGAGCUGAUGGGCAACCUUGGUAAGCUCGCUCACGAGGUGCGGUCACACCAAGAAGUGCUGAAAGCGUACGACCAGUCAUAUGCGGCCUCCCUAGCUACCACAGACUUCCAGGCAGUGCUGGACCAGCGGCUCAAAGACCACUUGCAGCGCAACCCGUACAACCCGCGCUCGGACGGGCACAUGAAAGAGUUCCUGGAGGCGGUG